AUGGCCGCGUUUACUCUCCGACUCCCCUCAGGCGGAAAUGCGGGCUGGUUGUCUUUGUUCAGCUUCACAACUGGGAAGCAUGCGCCGACUCUGAUCGGAGGAGUCGUCCUCGCUCUCGUCGCAAGUCUGCCCACACCGGUUUUCUCUAUAUUGCUGGGGCAGAUCUUCAACGAAUUCACCUUGUUCGGAGGCCAAGAGAUCACGAAUCACGACCUGAUUCGGACUACGACAAAGUACUGCGUCCGACUGGCGGUCUUGGGAGCAAUCAGUUGGAUCUGUAAUGGAUGCUACUAUGUCCUGUUUGUUAUAUUCGGAGAGUUGCAAGUGGCGAACGCUCGCACCGAGCUCUUCGAUGGUCUCUUGAGGAGGGAUCAAGAAUGGUUUGAGACACAGCAGGAUGGCACUCGGGUGUACCUGUCAAGUCUCCAGGGCCACAUUGAUGACCUACAGAAGGCGACGUCGCAGGCAUUCGGGCUUGCCGUACAGUACCUUUUUCGGGCGAUCGUGUCGCUGAUCUUAGCCUUCUAUACGUCCUGGAACCUUAGCUUGGUAACUCUGGCCGGGAUGCCGGUGCUAUCGGCCAUCAUCGCAUUCUUGUCCGCAAAAAUGAAUACGAGCUUUGAAGCACAGAAGAUCGAGCUCGCGAAAUCGUCGAAGAUUGUGGAUAGCGCCACCACCUCGAUAGAUGCUGUCAAGUCGUUCAAUGGGCAGCUCAUCGAGCACCGGAGUUUUGUGGCCAGCAUCGACAAAGCAGCAGUGUGCUACUUGAGGCGAGCACGCUUCACCUCUCUGCAGAUCGCAUUCCUGCGGAUGAUGUCUUUCGGUAUGUUCAUUCAAGGCUUCUGGUAUGGCAGCUCUCUGGCGACGUCCGGCCAGCUCUCUGCAGGGGAAGUUCUAAGGACCUUCUGGGCCUGCUUGGCAGCAGCACAGUCCUUCGAGUUUAUCAUGCCGCAGGCAGCUGUAAUGAAAAAGGGCAAGGUCGCUUCCCUUGCCCUGCGACACGCGUUGAGUGAUCGAGCGGACGGUAAAGCCCCCGGGGUGCUAGACGGGGCCAUAUGCCCGGAUGUCUGCCAUGGCGACAUCGAAGUGAAAAACCUUUCUUUCUCAUACUCGUCUCAACCAGACAGACUCAGCCUGAACUCGACGAGCUUCUUCUUCCCAGCUGGAGAGAUCACGUUUGUCAUAGGAAAAAGCGGAUCCGGAAAAAGCACACUUGGACAGCUGCUUGCCCGCUUCUACAUGCCGACAUCGGGUGAGAUUCUUAUCGAUGGGCAUCCCAUUCAGACGUUGAGUACGAACUGGAUUCGCAAAAACGUGACGCUCAUCGAACAACGGAGUGUGCUGUUCAACGAGUCCGUGUUCCUGAAUAUCGCAUUCGGAAGUCGAGAUCACAGUCGGCUCCGGAAACCUGACAUCCAAGGAUGCAUUGAUUUAGCCAGGUUAGAGGGAACCAUCCAGGCUAUGCCCGAAGGCAUCGAAACAUGUGUUGGGCCCGGAGGGAAUUUUCUGAGCGGAGGUCAAAGGCAGCGGGUUGCGAUCGCCAGAGCUCGACUCCGAGAUACUCCCAUAUUGAUCAUGGACGAACCGACAAGUGCUCUAGACGGCACCAACCGUGUCGAAAUCAUGAAAGCCAUUCGAGAAUGGCGACGGAGCAAGACAACGAUUAUCAUCACGCACGAAAUGUCCCAGAUCCUGGACCGUGACUUCGCAUAUAUCCUAGAGCAUGGCUCGGUAGUUCACGCCGGUUAUAGAUAUGAGCUGGAGGAGAACAAACUAUUCUUCCCUUCACAAAGUAAGAAAACCACCGAGCAAGGUGAAGAAGAAGACGCAGGCGGCGCGAUGAGUCGGAGCCCAUCGCCUGAGCCAGGCUCUUUGCGAGAUGCAUAUCUCAAGGAGAUGCUAUCAGCAGACAAUGAGCAUGCCGGUGGGGUGCGAUCCAGAAGACAAAGCCGAGAAUCCAUCGACUCUAUCGCCUUGGAGAUGAUCGAGCUCAACACGAUUCAAGUCAACGGCGCAAAGGCACAGCUCAACCGAAUCAGCCGUCACAUUGCUGCCAACAACCACCCGCUUGAUCGCAUUGACGAAAUGGUUACAGAUGAGCACCCCGAGCAAGUGACCCGCCUUCUGCCGCAGCAGCGCUUGCCUUUACGGAAGAUCUUGUUGACCAUGAUACCAAAUUUGACGACUGGACAACGUUGGCUGCUGGGGCUCGGGUCUUUCAGCACGCUUCUUCAUGCGAUGGCGACUCCGGUAUUCUCGUUCUGUUUGUCGCAGCUGCUGCAGACUUUCUACAACAAAAACAGUCACGCGUCGACGUGGUCAUUGGCCGUCCUCGGGGUAUCGUUGGCCGAUGGUGUAGUGUCCUUUUUGAUGCAUUACCUCCUGGAUCUAUGCGGUCAAGCUUGGGUCGAUAGUAUACGCAAGAUCGGCUUCGCCCGAGCCCUCGACCAGCCCCGCAAAUGGUUUGACGAAGAAGGGAACAGACCCUCCCAGCUAACAACAUGUCUGAACCAAAAUGGAGAGGAGAUGCGCAACUUGGUUGGGCGUUUUGGUGGAUAUCUCCUCGUGGCUGCUACCGUUACUCUGACUGCGAUUAUCUGGAGCAUGGCCCUCUGCUGGAAGUUGACCCUUGUCGUUCUCGCUUGCGGCCCCGUCAUUUACGCUAUAACUAGAGGCUUUGAGAGAACGACUGGAUUAUGGGAGAGACGCUCUUCUGGAGCUAGAACCACGACAUCGGAGGUCUUUAUCGAGACGUUUUCAGAGAUCCGGACAGUCAGAAACCUGACGCUAGAGCCGUUCUUUCACAAGAAGCACUUGAAAGCUGCUGCGGUGUGCAUGACCAUCGGCAUCAAAAAGGCUCUCUACACGGGGUCUCUUUUUGGCCUGGUCGAUUCUAUGAUUAUGGUUGUCAGUGCCUUGAUAUUCUAUUAUGGGGCGGUCCUGGUAUCUUCGUCAGAAUUCAGCGUCGAAGAACUUAUGAGCGUGUUUUCUAUGCUCCUGUUCGGCAUUGGAUAUGCAAGCGUGGUUCUGUCAUGGAUCCCUCAAAUUGGCACAUCGCAGGAGAUGGCUAACCAGCUCUUGCGCCUUGCGGACCUCCCCAAGGGUAGCUCGCACGAGCAUAAGGGAACCCUCAAGGUCCGCCAAGUCGCACCAGUCAAGAUCACGGGGCUUAGCUUUCGGUAUCCGACCCGGUCCAACGCACUGGUGCUGAAAGACGUCUCAAUCACCAUUCCGAGAAACUCAUGUACAGCUAUCGUUGGGCGUUCCGGGUCGGGAAAGUCCACAAUAACAUCGCUGCUUCUCAAUUUAUACGAGAGUCCGAAGUCAGCCCAAGGAUGGCCCACAGUCGCCUUAGGGGGCGUUGACAUUCAUCAAGUGCACACUCCAACGCUUCGAUCUCUCAUCUCAAUUGUGUCGCAGCAGCCCUCUAUCUUUCCGGGGACGAUUCAGGAGAACAUAACUUACGGCCUCGAAGACUCAUCCUCCCUCCACCAGAUUUACCAUGUACGCGCUGCCGCACAGGCUGCUGGGAUUGAUGAUUUCAUUUCAUCUCUGGCCCAAGGCUAUCUCACAGUUAUCGGAGACGGUGGCGUGGGAUUGUCGGGAGGACAAGCUCAGCGGCUUGUCAUCGCACGAGCUCUCAUUCGAAAGCCCCAGAUCCUGAUCUUGGACGAGGCCACAUCCAGCCUUGAUCCUACGAAUGCUAAGAUCGUUCGCCAAACAGUGCAGCAGCUAGUCGCCGGUCAGCUUGGACUUACUGUGCUCAUCGUAACGCAUGCAAGAGAAAUGAUGGAGAUUGCGGACAAGAUCGUCGUGCUUGAACAAGGUCGUGUGGUCGAAGACGGGUCAUUCGAAGAGCUCGCGCGCCGGAAUGGUGGGAAACUGAAGGCUUUGAUCGAGGACCCCGGCGAGGACGAUGAGACCGAUGCAUAA